AGAAGGUAUUAAUAAAAUAGUUGUAGUAAUUACUAAUUUUUGUAGUGUUGUGAUUGUGGAGUUUGAAAACAAAAUCCAUUGAUGGCGUCGUUUCUAAUUGUGUUUUGUGUUUAGAUGGUGAAAGGGGGGCGUGGCUACUGGCUAGGUGUUGGUUGGAGGAGAAUAAGAGAAGAGAAGGGAUGAGAAGAGAAUAAGAAUAUAAAGAGAGAAAAAAGAAAAGCGUGGAAACAGUGUGCUGUGAAUUCUCCCGUGAACUCAGUGUAAGAAAGAGGUCGGUGCCUCUAACUACGCUUAAUAGCUCAAUUACAUUUCUGUCCCUCCACCACCCACACGCUUACGGCUUACGCUUCUGUUUUCUGUGCAAAGCAAACACAAAUUCUAAAGAAAAGGAGGAGGAGAUGAAUUGUGUGAGGUGGUGAAUUUUGAGGUGUAAUGGCGAGGAGAGAGAGAGGUUUGUCUGCAUCUGCGGCGGAUGGAGGUGGUGGAAAAGCGGCGGAAUUGAAGGAGAAGCUGAGGGGGCUGGUGAAGGCCAUCUUGGAGGACGACGACUACACCACGCGCCACGCUGAAGACGCCAUCGCCACUCUAUCGACUCUUAGGGAUUUGAAGAGAGCAUCGCCCUCAUCCUUCUAUGAUUUCAGCUUCCCCGUUCCUCCUGAAUUUCGAUGCCCCAUUUCCACCGAGUUGAUGAUUCCUCCUUUCUGUUUUCAUUCAUUGAUGUGUUGUUGCCAAAUGCAGACUUAUGAUCGGGCAUACAUUCAGAGGUGGUUGGAUGAAGGGCACAGAACAUGCCCUCAAACCCAACAAGUCCUUUCUCACACUAAUCUUACUCCAAAUUACUUGGUCCGGGACAUGAUUGCGCAGUGGUGUAAAGAGCAUGCAAUUGAGAUGCCAAAGCCGGUUCAGGACAUCAACCAAGUAGUAAGUAAUGCGGAUAGAGACCACUUGGAUUCAUUACUUCAUAAGCUGUCAUUGUCUGUCCCUGAUCAGAAAGAAGCUGCAAGAGAGCUUCGCCUCCUAACAAAGAGAAUGCCUUCCUUUAGAACCCUCUUUGGGGAGUCGGUUGAUGUGAUUCCGCAGUUGCUCAGUCCAUUAUCGCCUAAUACGGCUCAUGUUCACCCCGAUCUCCAUGAGGACUUGAUUACAACUAUUCUAAAUCUCUCGAUUCAAGACGAUAAUAAGAAAGUAUUUGGAGAGGAUCCAACUGUCAUUGCUCUUCUCAUUGAUGCCUUGAAAUCCGGAACAAUUCAAACAAGGAGCAAUGCCGCAGCAGCCAUUUUCACAUUAUCGGCUCUUGACUCCAACAAGCACAUCAUUGGAAAGUCUGGAGCCAUCAAACAUUUGCUUGACCUUUUAGAGGAGGGACAGCCAUUAGCCGUGAAAGAUGCUGCCUCAGCUAUAUUCAACCUAUGUCUUGUGCACGAGAAUAAAGGGAGGACCGUGAGAGAAGGUGCAGUCCGGGUCAUUCUGAAGAAGAUCAUGGACCACAUUCUAGUUGAUGAGUUGCUCGCUAUAUUGGCACUCCUUUCCAGCCAUCCCAAGGCCAUUGAAGAAAUGGGGGAUCUUGGAGCUGUAGCUUUCUUGCUGGCUAUCAUAAGGGAGGGCACGUCAGAGCGAACCAAGGAGAAUUGUGUUGCAAUUUUAUAUACAAUCUGUUACGGUGAUAGAACAAAGUUGAAGGAAGUUAGAGAAGAAGAAAAAGCCAACGGUACCCUGUCUAAACUUGCACGACACGGGACUUCAAGGGCAAAAAGGAAGGCUAAUGGAAUUCUUGAGAGGCUCAAUCGAUCACCCUGCUUAACACACACUGCUUAAGUUGGUAUUGGACUACCUCGUUGUAAAUAAUUUGUGUUCUUCUUCUGUACAAACGGCCUCAUCAGGUAGCUGUAAAAAAUGGGAAAGGAAAUUUCACUUGUUUGUGUACAUUACCUGCAUACAGUACUUUUUUUUUUUCACCUUCACAUGCAGUCAAGCAUAUGAAUGUAUGAGCAAAGUGUUCUGGCUUUUUGCUUUCUUUCUA